AUGGACUCUGCUUUCUUGGACAUCACACUCUUGCAGUUUACCUGCAGGUAUGUGGUGCUGUAUAGCAGGAUGUCUGACAAGUGUAGACGCUUCUCCAUUGCUGCCAUCAGGGGCCCAGUACUUAGUCGUAGUCCGGCCGGGUCGUAUGCUCUAGUAGGCCUGAUUCACCGAGUUACCGUGAAACCGAAUACGGCAGCGACGAACUCGGACGAGAUUACGAGAAUGUCAGCUGCCCGGGAGGGAACACCGACGUUCGUGGCAGCCCGCCUCCCCCAUCUUGAACAUGAGCGCCUCAACCCCAGCCGACGCAGAGGAGACAACACAACAAUGGGGACGAGGCCAAAAUUGGGAAGGAAGGAACGUGGAGGGGCAGGCGGAAAGAUUGAGAAUCCAGAACACCCGGACCUGCUGGAACCACAUAUCCUGCGCUCCCUGAGCAACGUCAAGGCAGUGUCCGUUCAUACCUCGUGCGCGGGGUGUCAUUGCAUUGUUCUCGAUAUCGACGGGGCAGCGUGGACGUUCGGGCGAAACGAGCGCGCCGCGCAGGGCUUGACGGGGGUCGACUACGUCUGGGAGAAUGAGCCCAGACAUUUGAAACCAAGUGAGCUCGGUGCGCCUGGCGGGACGCGGUUCGUGUCGGCGGCGUGUGGGAGGAACCAUUCGUUACUGGUUGGGAGCGGCGGGCAAUUGUGGACCGCGGGGUGGAAUAAUCUGGGACAGUCAUCAGUGUAUUCCUUCGGGAGUGGGGAGAAGGGCCAACUAGGUAACGGCAGGACCGGCGAGCACAUCGUCACGGGCAACAAAACCGCUUACGACGUCGAAUACGAACCUAUCCCCGUCAAAGGCCUCGAGGACAAGAAGAUCGUGCAGAUAGCUCUAGUCUACGCAUGGGGUUUCAACGGCUACUGUCGGCUUGGGCUCGGCCACCAGAAAGACGUACUGGUCCCCACGGUCGUGCCGCAGUUCACGGGCCCGAAGGAGAUCACCAUGGGCUGGAAGAUCGCGGCUGGGCCUACGAACUCGGUUGUGAUCGACAGGCAGAGGAUGUACUACAUGGCUGGCAAGUGGAAAACAACAGGUGAUGGUUCUGUUGGUCAACCGUACUCCUCCUUCCGAUUUAUCCAAGACAUCAUGGGAUGCAAGGUGACACACGCCAGUUGUGGCGGCGUGACGCACUGGGCUCUCGCCCCCGAUGAGGACGGGAGUGUGAUGACCAUUGCGUGGGGGCAGAACGCCGUCAACGGUGAGCUCGGGCUGGGACCGGAAGAACCGAAGAGCGCUACGAAGCCCACUCGGCACCAGCCCCUGAUUGGGGUCGACGUCUUCGAUGUCGCAGCAGGCCAGAACACGACAUUCGUCCUCGCGAAGCCCAACGCAAAGUUCUCCGACCUCCCGCGGCACCCUGCCGAAGUCGAUGCCCCCGAAUUCUGCCUCGUGUGCGGGAAAGACAACGGGGACGACGACUCGCCGUUGGCAUGUGACAAGCUGAGGCUCUUGCGCGCUCGUCGGAUGCGCCGGCGCCCAAGAAGCGGAGAGCCCAAGCUAAGGCCGCAGCAGAUGAGGACGACGAAGACUCUGAGGGACCGGCUACAGGCUCGAAACGCAAGGCACCUGCGAAAUCCAAAGCUUCUUGUGAGUACCGGUCUGAGUUCGAGCUUCAGAGUGUGUUGA